AUGGCUGCCAGCUUAGGUGCGACGUCGCUGGAGAAUGUGCACCAUGAGGGACUGAACGAGCUCCUGCGUGACCUCGCAAAUGUCUAUCCCAGUGAUGACUUUCGAGGACCUUCACUGGGUGUCCCGAUGCUUGAUGCGCUGGUAAAUGUUUUCAUGUUGAGAACCCAUGGUCCUGUGCCUGAGAGCCAGCAUCAAGACUUGAAUGACCAAGUCCAGGUCCAGACUGUGCUACAGGAGCAAGAACCGGAUCAACAGGCGUUUGAAUCGGAUGACGAGGAAAUGCUCCUAGCCGAUCAAUUUGACCAGGAAACAGCCUUGCCCGAUGACCAGGCAGCCCAUUUCAAUCCUUUAUUCUCUGGCUCGGCUUACAGAAACAAAAGACCGAUACCCGUGGUCGAGAUUUCAAGCAGUCUCUCGGCUGCUGGAAAAUCACAGUUACUGUAUCAUUUAACUGCCCUUGCAGUAUUACCUCGAGAGUAUGGCCGAAUUCCUAUCGGGGGACAAGAUGCAGCUGCUAUUUUCAUUGAUGCCGAUGAUCGUUUUGAUGUACAGAGACUACAGAUGAUAGCUCGAGGGAUUAUGCAAAAAGCACUGAAGUCCUUUCAAGCCCAGGAAGAGCAGGAAUCAGAGACUGCAGCGGUAUCUACCGAUGACAUUGAGGCUGUGAUCAUUUCUGCUUUGAAGCACGUUCAUGUUUUCCGACCACAGUCCUCAUUCGCUCUCAUUGCUACGCUUUCGAAUCUUGAUACAUGCUUAUAUGACGUUUCUCGUCAUUAUUCUGCAUCGCGUCCCAUUCAAAUGCUGGCUAUUGAUAGCGUGACGGCAUUCUUCUGGCAAGAUAAAUUGCGCGAUAAUCUCGCACGUGCAGAGGAAUUAGGACUCCCAAAUGAAGAAAUUGAUAAACUUCGUGAUCAGAUGAAAAGCUUUCAUUUCGUUGAUCUGUAUGCUGAGAUUGUUCGAGAGUUGAAGCGCUUACAGGCUCUAUUCGGGUGCAAUGUUGUCUAUACCACGACAGUAUCUGGGGCUCGUCCGAUUAAAAAGGCUACUGAUCAGGAUGAUCCGUUGGGACCAUAUGAUCUACCUCCUUCUCGAACGCCGGCACUUCGAUCUGCACUCCCGGCGCCGUGGGGAACGUUCCCGGUUUUACGACUGGUUGUGCAGCGAGAUCCGGUCCGUUCAUUUCCGCCCUCUAUGAGUGCGCAUGAUGCGAAGAAGGAUGCGAGUAUGAGACAGAGUGCUGUUUCUCAGGGUAAGUUCUCGGCUUAUGUUAAUGCUUGGGGACGGGAGGAGUGGCCUCGUCGUGUGAUAGAUGGAUUGAAGCCGUAUAAUGAUGGGAGUUUUGCAUUUUAUGUUCGAGAGCAUGCGAUUGAGAUACCCCUGCCUGAGCAAUGA